AUGCACAACGACGCUUCAGCCGUCCCGCGCUCCGCGACAAAUUCGCUUCUCGCUGCCUCGCGCGCACUACAGGCCAUUACUGGCUCGACUCGCGACUCACACUCGCAGCUGCCAUUCUUCUCGCUGUCGCUGCCCACCACAUCGAGUCGGCAACCCCUGUCGCCCCCCGCAAGCUUGGAGAGGAAGAUGCGCCUGCGCCGAAGCGCGCGCCUUCAAAGAUGCGAAGACGGCCAAGCAAAGGGGAAGAGGAGCAGAAGAGACUUUGAGACCCCCAUGAGUAGAGAUGCUGCGCCAGCGGACGGCAUCCCGUGGGGGAUCAGCCCGGACGCCUACCAGCGUGCCCUGGCGCCUCCCGCCGAGGAUGACCAGAUUAUGGAGGACGAUGUGGAGAAGAUGGCGUCUCUAGAAUCGGAGCAGUCCCAAGACCAAGAACAAGAUGAGCCAGCAACACCACCGCAGCGACAAGCUCCGCAACACAGCCCCCUCAUGGAGCUUGUCCUCAAUAACAUUCGCACAUCGGCUUCGAGAUUACCACGAUAUCGCGACGGGAAACCCCAGGAUCGCAAGUGGAGACAAGACACAAUCAUAAGCACAGGGUGCGUGCGCGUCACCAAGAACCGGGCGGACAUGAAGAGUGUCAAGGUCAAGACUGUCACCUGA